AUGGAGAGUAAUGGUGAAGAAUCUUUAAAUUGCACACCAGAAGAUAUUGUUGAAUUGGCAACUACAGCGACUAUGUUUCUUCUCCCUGAGAAAUCCACGGAACAAAUCCAAAAUGUGGAAGUAUUCAACACUUUGGUUGACUUAUUCAAAACUGAAAGGCACCCUAAUGUAUUUUUCGUUUUUCUGGAAACACUCUCGGCACAAGAGGGCUAUAAUUAUCCUGCGCCAUCAAGAAAACCUAUUUUAGGAAACCCGGAACGACCAGCAGAACAAGGCAAAUCUGGACGACCAGAAACAAAACCAGUACAAACGAUAUCUGCUUUUCCAAACAAUGGAUUUUCUACCGGAAUAUCAGGACAAGAACUACCCGGAUCUUCAGUUUCAAAUGGAUAUCCAGGAAGAGGAAGACCAUCAGGACAAGAAUUUCCUUCAAGACCUCAAGGAAAGAAGAAUGGAUUUUCCAAGAUACCUGGAACUAAUCAACAAGGCAUCUCUAACCAACAAGAACUUACACCACAAGAAUAUCCUAGUCAAACAUAUCCUAGUUCAUCUACGUCAGACCAAAGAUAUCCGAGUACGUCUGAUAAGCCCCAAAGUCGUCCAGGCAUUAGUCAAAGUUAUCCAGAUAAACCAAUUGGUUCUCAAUCAUAUCCGAAUCAAGAAAAUUAUUCAGGAGCUCAGAACUAUCCAGAACAAGGAGGUUAUCCUAAGCAACAGGAAGGCUUUCCGAAUAAACAAAGGGGCUCUUCUCGAGGUUAUCCUGGUGAACAGAGAGGUUAUAGCGAACAACAGGAAGGUUUACAAGGUUAUCCUGGUCCACAAGGAAAUUCUCAAGAAUUACCUAGUAAACAAGCAAAGUCUCAAAGGUAUCCAUCUCAACAAAAUAUACAGAGUUAUCCUGGUGAACAAUCUGCAGGUUAUAAAGAGCAACAAAGAGCUCAAGGUCAAAAUAACAGAGGACAACCAGGUUCCCCAGACUAUAGAGAACAGCAGCAAGGUAAUAUUCCUGAGCAAGGGCAAUCAUUAGGACAAUUCCCAGAAAGAGGGGGCUUAUCUGAACAACAAGUAUCUGCCUUUGAUGAGGAUGAUUAUUCUGCAAUACCCGGUGAACCCGAUAAAGACUACCCAAUACUUUCCGAAAUUCCUCAAACUUCCUUCAGUUGUGACCAACAACAAUAUCCUGGAUAUUAUGCUGACGUUGAAACAAGAUGUCAAGUUUUUCAUGUAUGUGCUAAUAAUCUAACAUAUGACUUUUUAUGUCCAAAUGGAACAAUAUUCCAUCAAGAGUAUUUGGUGUGCGUUUGGUGGAAUCAAUUCAAUUGUGAUUCAGCACCAUCACUUUACGAAGUAAACGCCAACAUUUAUGACUACUCAAUUAUUGGUGGACAAGGACUUUCUUCAGGGGUUGGAGAAACGGAUGGUGCUGGUUACCCCGAAGAUGUUAAUCAAGGAAGUCCAAUGUUCGAUGCUCAACGACCAGGAGGUUAUCCUAUUCGACCCCAAGAACAAGGAUAUUCUCCUAAAUCCCCUAACAAAUUAUCAAGCGGAUAUUCCGAUGAAAGAACUGCUGGUACGAGACCUUCUCAGCCCUCUGGAUCACGAGCACCUUCAAGUUCGUUUCAACAAGGAUAUCCGAGUGGUAGUCAAGAAAGUUCCACUGGAUAUCCGAGCGGUAGGGUUCCAGAAGAGCAGGUUAUAAGUGGUGGUUAUCAAAAUUCUCAGCCCUCUGGAUCACGAGCACCUUCAAGUUCGUUUCAACAAGGAUACCCGAGUGGCAGUCAAGAAAGUUCCGCUGGAUAUCCUAGCGAUAGGGUUCCAGAAGAGCAGGUUAUAAAUGGUGGUUAUCAAAAUGGAAUACAAGAUAAACCUGGGAGAGUACCAAUUGAAUCUGUAGAAAAUCAACGGCCACAAUAUCCCAAAAAUAGACCCAAUUUGACUCCACGACCUUUAAAUCAAAAACCUAGUACUGGUGUCAAUGGAUUUUCCAAUUUAGAACCAGGUUUUCCCAAUACAGCUUCUACCGAAACUUCAUCACAAGAAGGUAGAAAUGGAUACUCAAAUGGUAGACCCGGUACAUCAUUCCCUGAACCGAAACCUCAAGGUCCAACACAAGGAUACUUACCACCUUUUCCAUGA